AGAAAAGCUUAAGAAAAGCUUAAGAUAGUGCAGAAGUCAAAAAUAUGAGAGUUAAUGGGGCUAAAUCAAGCUCACCGGAUCCUUUGGAUAUACUUUCGUCCUCUAGAGCUUUAUAUAUGACACCGAAUUGUAGACCAUCGUUAAGUUUAGUUCAUGAAAAACUUGAAUUGAGUACAGAUAUUAGACGAAUAGGAGUCUAUGUAGAUAUUGGAAAUGAUAGAGAAGAAGUUUUAUUUGUUUCACCUAAAAAAAGGAACAAACAUAGGGUGAUAGGAACAUGUACAAAAAAAUCAAAUGAAAUAAAGGAAGAAGAGGAUUCAGGGGAGUCUUUUAGUGAAAUAGUUAGCGGAAAUAAGAGGGCAUUAGAUGAAAAAAAGAGGGGAAAAAAAAAACUAGUAAAAGAAGAGAAAAAGACUAGUAAUAUAGAGUGUUUAGAUGGAGAACCGGUAUUUGUGCAAGAUGAAGGGAAUAUUAUGGAAGAUCAGGGAAUAAAGAAGGUAGAGGAGGAAGAUUUUGAUGAGGAAGGGGCAUGUUUGUGUAAUAAUAUGAUACCUAGUGAAAAAAAAAGAAAUAGAGAAAAAGGUUUUUAUAAUGAUGAAGAUGAUAUGGAUGUAGAUGAAGCAAAAAAUAAUUUAUCUAGCUCUACGAAUGAGGUAGUAAAGAGAUCGAAUGAUAAUACGAGGACAAGUUGUAAAAAAUCAACAUCCAAAAAACGAAUAAAUAUAAAAAAACAAGAGAAAACACCGAAUACGACAAGAAUCUUAGAAUCAAAGAAUGUAAUUAUUGAGCCUAAUAGAUCAAUUGAAUCGACAAAAUCAGUAACACCUAAAAAAGAUGUACUAAUAGAAGUCUCUAGUCUAUCAAAAGGCUCUGCAGAAAGAGCAGAAAAUGCUUUAAUUCUUACAGGGAAAUUUGAAUUUGAAUCUAUUGAGGAUCAAGAAGAUUCGACUAAAUGUGAAGAAAAAUUUGAGGAAAAACGUUGUUGGACUAAAAAUGAAUGGAAACUUUUAGAUCUUUUAUUAAUUAAACAUAAAAAAAUAAAAAAGGCUUUAGAUUGUUUUUUAAAAGUAAAUAAUAAUUUUUCAGAGGAAGAAGUUGAUAAACGAUUAAAAGUCCUUUUAUUUAAAAAAAAAGAAAAUUACUAUUUGCAUAUUAACAAGAGAAAUAAAUCAAAUAAUCAUAUACAAAUACGAAAUAACAGAAGUUCAAAUUCGGUUUUUGAAUGGAAAAAUUGGUUAAAAUGGUAAUGAGUAUAUUAUGAAGUUUAUAAAAGAAAUCUAGAAUUUAAA